AUUAUCUUGUACACAGCAAUGUCACCCCAUGGUCCCAAAGUUUCAAUUACAGUCGAGGAGCUUGGGUGCCCUACAAAGUGAUUGUUGUUGGCAUGUCGGCCAUGGAAAACAAAGAAGCUUGGCUCCUGGCUAUCAAUCCAAAUGGUCGGAUACCGGCUUUAGUCGACACACUGGAAGACGGCACUUCGUCCACUUUUUCGAAUCCGCAAGUAUCAUGGAGAAUCUGGUGGAGAGGUGUGACACGGAGAAUACACUAUCAUAUCCCAGAGACACCAGGGAAUAUUAUCAGACCAAAUGGUAUGGACGUUCUGACGUGGACUCUCCAAAACGUCAGCUUUUCUUCCACAUGGCCGGAAUAGGCCCUAUGUAAGGUCAAGUCAACCAUUUCCUUCGCUAUCUGCCCUCCUCCCAGCCAGAGCAAUACUCGAAGGACAGAUGUCGUAAUAAAACUCGUCGACUCUACCUCGUGCUUGACAAGCACUUGCAAGAAUCCGGAAAGCAGUAUGUAGUUGGCGAUAGAUGCACCAUUGCUGACAUUACAAUCUUUCCCUGGGUACACAUCAUGGGGUUUUCCGGAUUGGAUGUCAAUGAAUGGCCACACGUCAAAUCCCGGCAGGCUCAGAUGUUAGGGAGACCUGCUGUACGCAGAGGCCUCAAGGUCCCGGUACUGGCUGGCCUGGAGCAGCUUGAUACCGAUCCUGAGCAAAUGAAAAUUUUAAUAAUACGCACAACCGAUUGGAUAAGGAGUCGUGCAGAAGAAAAUGCGAGCCACUGA